GAUUUCAUUGUCUUUGCUGUCUCAAUAAAUACAAAUGUGCAAAAAAAAAUCAAGUUUCUAAUGAAGAGAGAAAAAAAAGAGAGAGAGAAUUUGAGGAGACUGGUGUUCUUCCUCAAUGUUUUGUCUGUAAAAAGUAUUAUUAUCAUUAUAAAAGUGAUACAUGCAAACUAUGUUGUAUGAUUAACAAAUGCAAUCAAAUUGAAUGCUCUAAUUGUAAGAAGCGUGGAAUUAAAUGUGUGUGGCCUUUUCCUCAUACUGAAGAAGAGUUUAAAGAACUGGAAGAAAAAAGCAUAACAAGAUCAACAGCAAAAUUCAAAAGAUCUGGACAAAACAAACUUCACUUCCAUCUUGUCUUAACAUUUACAAAGAGAGUGAUGAUGAAAUACAUGACAGACGUACUCAAAACUAAUAGAAUUUCAUUUCUACCUGGUGUUUUGUGCCGAGGAAGCACAAAGGAUAAUGAGGAUUAUACGUUAAAAUCUUGGGGAAGAUGUAAAAUUCAUCACAAACCAAGAGAAGGAAAAUACUGUAAAUGUAAUCUUUUUGUUAAGGAGGAUCAGUCUAAAUGUAGUCUUUGCAAACUUUCUUGCAUCAAUUUGAGGAAAAGAGAACAGUUAGACGAAGAAGGUGCUGGACCAUUUAUUUUUGGUAAAUUUCGCUACUUAGAAGGCUCAUCAGAUGAGACAAUUGAUAAGCUCAAUAUGAUAAAAUUGGAUAAUGAGUAUAAAAAACAACAGCUUAUCGAAGAUCUAAAAAAUGGACAAAGAUAUGAAGAUUUUCUUAAAAAUUUAGAUAAGCUUUCUACUUCAAUACUUGAUUCGAUAAUAGGGAUGAAAACAAUUUCAAAAGAUUUAGAUGAGUUAGAAAAUAGAUUAAAAUUUAUUUCAGAAAAAAGAUUCUACCCAAAGAAUUUUUAUUUUUAUGGUGAUUCUGGUUCGGGAAAGACAACGAUUAUUCAAAGACUUGUCAAAGAACUCGCAAAAGAACGAGAAGCUUGCAAGAAGGCGAAUGAUCCAAAAUAUUUUGAUAAUUACAACAAUAAUGAAAUUAUUUACAAGCAUGAACUUCGAAAGAAUAAAAAACCUGUCAAGGUCGUAUCUAAAUACAAUAUUUUUACAGCACAAGAUCCUUUUAAUAAUAUUUUUACUUUUAGAAAGCAUGUAUUUGAUCAAGAAGAAAUUAAAAGCUCAGAGUUGAAAAUUGCAUUGUAUAGAAGAUUUUCAAAAUCGCAAGUUUAUACACAUGGUUAUAUUAUAGAAAUGUUGGGUUGUUACGAAGAAGGGGUAGUUAAUUUUAGAAUUGAUUGGUUAAAACCAUAUCAGGCAAGAGAUUUAUUAGAUUUUAUUAAUGGUAGAUUUGAUAUUAAAUUUGUGGAAGAUAUUAGUUUAGAAGAGGCAAAGAAAUACGUUUACAAUGAUGAUUUUGACAAUUUGUACGAGCAAGAUGGUUAUGUUUUCAUGAAACGGGAGAUUAAUAUGAGUUAUGUUUUAGGAGGAAUAGUUGGAAAUGUGGAUUUAGAAAAUGAAACAUUUAGUGUUUACAAUCAAUUUUGGGAUUCUGAGCUUCUAUUCAACAUUUUAAUUCCAGACAAUAUAGAAUCAUUACACAAGAAUUUACAAGUAAAAUUGUCUAAUUUUAUUGAAUUAGACCCACAAAUAGAAUCAAGCACAAAACGUAAAAUAGAUAAUACAGAAAUAGAAGAUAGAGAAAAAGAAAAGCAU